GGGAAACAUGAAGUAGCCGUCGCGAGUCACCAAUCAUAAACUUAUGCGCGGUGAUCGGUCAUGAUAAGAAUUAAACUCUUAUACAGUUGUUGAGCGAGUGCUCUCUGAGCGAAAAACUGUCCGAGGAUAAUCUUCGGAAAAAGCUGUUUACAUUGUUCAAAUAGGCGGAACAUUCAAAAGCAAUAUAACUCACGGCUGUAAACAUUAGUUUAGUAGUAUCUUAGAAGAUGGACGAACGACAAUGAAAAUUUAUCAUAGAGAGUCGCAAACAAGGGCAUGGAGAAAUCUCCCGGCAGUUAGGCUUUUCCAAAUCAGCGAUGAUCAAGUUACUUAAGAGCGUUUAAAGCUUCAGGAAGGUUUUGUUAUAAUAAGAAAACACACGGCCAUCCGCAUACUCUUUCUCCCGGUGAUCGUCACAUUUUGCGUACAUCUCGCAACAAUCAACAUGUCACGGGACCGGACAUUAUUAAAGAAAUAUUGAAUCCAGAACAGUCAAAUUCAUCUGUACAUAACAUACAGUCUGUAAAGUAAAGUAAGAUCGUGUACGGCAUAAAUGGCAGUUGGCUUGAAAUAUCGUCUUAGUUUUUUGUGAACCGAUAGAUGAAAUCUUUGCCGUGAAUGCUUUGUCACAAAAGAUUCAAUUGGCGUCGAACUCUAACCUGAGAAACACAUUAACCGCCAUGAGUACCGCAUGCGCAUCGCGCUACGAGGCUGUGUUCCUUUGUUCCCACCUCAAAGGACCAAAAAUGUCAUAUGCAAUAGCUGCUAAAUACGUGAGAAAGUCAAAAUCGUUCGUCGCUAAGUGGGUUCAGCAAUAUAAGAAGAUCAAAAGUGUCGACGACUUGCCAGAACGUGGCUCGAUAGGCAAAGUGACGCCGAAUAUGGAAAAAAAAAUUGUGAAUUUGUUUAAGCGGAACCCGACCUUAACAUUGCGACAAGGAGCAGCAAAAUUAAAACAGAAGGGUAUAGAAGUACACAUUAAUCCGUACACGCUUUUACUUUACAGACUGUAUGUCGUCGCCUGUAAGACGCAGGUCUACAUGGUCGACGACCUGUUAAGAAGCAAUUCAUUUCUGUGAAGAAUCGAAAGGCGUAAAUAGAGUUCAAAGUACGCCUUAAUUGCACGUCACGGCAAUGGUCUGACGUUCUCUGUACUCCACAUGAAGCAAAGACUACUUUCUGAGAGAUUAUUUUUAGAAAAGUGAAGUGGUAUUUAGUAAGACUAUGGAUUUUAUUAAAAAUUAUUAUUGUAAAUUAGCGGAAAUGCACAUACAAAUUCGAAUACUUUCGAUAUGCGACGAAUAUUGAUGCGCUAUAGUCAUUCUUCACUCCAAUGCAUAUACACCAGUUAUUUGUCUCCAAAGAAUGACAUGUUGUAAAGCAAUUCUAAUAAUGAUGUGGAACGUUUCUAAGAUGUUUCAGGACGUUGAAUAAAAAAAUGUGUUCUGACUAUUUAACAAAUUUUGUUAUACAGGGUCUUUUAGACCACCAACGACAACCGUCUUGUUUUCGAAAAAUAUACAUUAUAGAAAAAAUUGUUAUAUAAAAGCUGUCAAGGUUGUGAAGAUUACUUUCAAUUUUUUUUAAUAGA